ACCCACUUCUACCAAAAAAUAAUAAAAAAUAAUAAAAAUUUCACCUUUUUUCCACAAUUUUUGCAUUGUAGUAAGAUGGGUCUUUUUAAAUUCUUGAAAAAAGCCAUAGAAACAUCUUUGCUACAGCCCUCCUCUCUCUCUCUCUCUCUCUCUCUCUCUCUCUCUGCAUUGAUGGUGGAUUGCCAUAGACUGCAACUGCUGGAGUCUUGUUUUUUCUGAGUUCAGUCUGCAAAAGUUCCAAAAAGGGCAAAAGGGGAGAAGGGUCUGAAGUGAGGAAGAAGGAGAUGUUGCCAUUUUGACUCGAAGCCCUUGUCUUGUUUUUCCUUUCACUCUCUCUCCCCCCUCUGUGUCUCUCUCUCUCCCCUCUGUUUUCUAAUUCAUGAGAAUGGCGGGGUUUAGUGUCAGCAUGGAGACCAGCUGUGGUGCUUUGUUCACAGAAUUAGAGAAAAUAUGGGCAGAGAUUGGGGAGAGUGAAGCAGAUAAAGGCCGAAUGUUAUCGGAGAUCGAGAGAGAGUGCCUGAAAAUUUAUCAAAGGAAGCUCGAUGAAGCAAGCGCUUCAAAAGUACAGCUUCAUCAGUCGGUGGCAGCCAAAGAAGCAGAGCUUGCAGCUAUCAUGGCUUCCCUUGGUGAAUUCAGUCUUCAUUCAAAGAAUAGCAAAAGACAAGCAUCCUUGAAGGAGCAACUUGCAUCUGUUACUCCACUACUAGAGGAUUUGAAAUUAAAGAAAGAGGAACGGAUAAAACAAUUUGCUGAUAUACGCUUGCAGAUUCAGAAGAUUACUUCUGAGAUGACAGAAUUGAAUAAUCAUUCUGAUGAAGCCACUAAUCCAGUUGAUACUGAAGAACAUGACUUAUCAAUGAGGAAAUUUAACGAAUACCAAUCUCAGCUCCAAACUCUCCAGAAGGAGAAGUCUGAUCGGCUUCACAAGGUUCUGGAGUAUGUCAGCGAAGUGCACACUUUAUGUGCUGUUCUUGGACUAGAUUUUCAGAAGACAGUGAACGAAGUGCAUCCUAGUUUGCAAGAGACUAGCUCUGGGCAAUCGACAAAUAUCAGUUAUCACACAUUGGAGGGUCUAGCUCAAGCUGUCCUGAGACUAAAAUCAGACAAAAAAGUUCGAGUUCAGAAGCUGCGAGAAAAAGUAGAGUCACUGGUUGAACUCUGGAAGUUAAUGGACUCGCCUGAAGAAGAGAAGAGAAGUUUUGGAAGGCUUAAGUAUAUCCUUGGAUCACCAGAAGAGGAGAUUAACUAUAAAGGUGUGCUGUCAGAAGAAAUUAUUGAGCAGACAGAAGCUGAAGUUGAAAGGCUGACAAAACUUAAAGCCAGCAGAAUGAAAGAACUUGUUUUAAAAAGAAGGAUCGAAUUGGAAGAACUAUGUAAGAAAGCACACAUGGAGCCCGAUAUGAGCACUGCACCUGAGAAGUCUAAUGCACUGAUAGAUUCUGGUUUGGUGGAUCCUUGUGAGCUUUUGGCCAACAUUGAGGCACAAAUACUGAAGGCAAAAGAGGAGUCUAUCAGUAGGAAAGAGAUUAUGGACAGGAUAAGCAAAUGGCUUGCUGCCUGUGAAGAAGAAACCUGGCUUCAAGAGUACAACCAAGAUCAAAACAGGUACAGUGCUGGGCGAGGUGCCCAUAUAAACUUAAAACGGGCUGAGAAGGCACGGAUUACUGUAUCAAAAAUUCCUGGUAUGGUAGACAACCUUAUCAGCAAAACUUUGGCUUGGGAGGACGAGAGAAGCAUGCCUUUUUUGUACGAUGGGGUUCGCUUAGUGUCUAUCUUGGAAGAGUAUCAACUUACUAGACAACAGAAAGAGGAGGAAAGAAGGCGAUAUCGAGAUCAGAAGAAACUGCAAGAUUUACUCCUGAAAGAGAAGGAAGCUAUGUACGGGGCAAAACCUAGCCCAAGAAGGGCCAGCAGUUUCAAUAGGAAGAUGAACGGAAAUGGAAAUGGGUUCAUGACUCCGUGUCCACGACGUGCGUCUGUUGGCAGUGCAACUCCCGAGCUUCUUACCCCGCGCUCUUAUUCUGGACGUUAUAAUGGAUAUUUUAAGGAGAUGAGGAGGCUUUCAACUGCACCUUUGAACUUUGUUAGUCUGUCUAAAGAGGAUACAUCAUCUUCUUUUGCUUCUAUUAGUGGGUCAGAACCCGAAUCGCUGGGUUAAUCUCAAUUGGAGCAAUCUUGACUAAGUAAGUUACUCUGAUGCUGAACAAUAACAAAGGGGAAAAUCCAUCACAAAAUGGUUGGAAAAAUGUACACUAGUAUUUUACUGCGUAUUGAUUGUUAUAUUAAGGCUUGGAUCAGCGAGCUAGUUGAAGGAUUAAAGGAGAGUAGAGCUAACGUUUACGUUGUAGAUAUGGAAACUAACUUGGGCUUCUAUGUGACUGAGGGUAUUUUUUUUAGUUUGCUGAUUAGAUUGCUAUGUUUACCUGUAUAUAAAACCUGUAAUGCUUGUUUGAACUGCUUGUGCCCAUUUGCAUCUUUUGUAUAUUGUUAUCGUAGUAUUGGUUGCUUGUAUUAGUUUUGAGUAGUAUGAAGGAAUAAGGAUAAUGGAGAUUUUGAUUAUCUUGUGUAUUUCUCUGUUUCCUCAAGAUUGAAAUAUGAGGGUAUUUAGGAAUUAUUGCCUAUAUCGGCUAUAUUUUCAAGUACCUGAUGAUGUAUA